AUGGGAGCAGAAGCGCCCCAGGCCGUCCCCGGCUCUCCCCCAGCCAGCGUCCUGGCCCAUAAGGAAGCCCUUCGGGGAUUGUGUAAAAAAGACAGUUAUUCAUCAGAAUGCGAGCCGUCUGGGCGCGGUCUCCUGGCGGGUGCAGUCAGCGUGGCCUUGCCGUGUGGCCGGGUCUUCGGCUCUAGGGUGGCUUGUUGUACCAGCUUGUCAGCGUUUUCAGGCGUCCACUGGUGUUUGGUACCCUGCCUCCUUGAGGGUCUUCCCCCCACCCCCUCACGCCCCGAGGGGUGCCGGGGUGCUGCUCACGGUGCUGCUUCAGAUGAGGAAGCCUCUGAUACGGUGGAUUAUUUAGCCUCUGGUGGGAGUGGGGUGGAGUUGGGGAGCCCCGAGUCAGAGGGGAGACGCACGGUGAUCACUGGUGGACACUACGAUGUAGACUGCCGACUAGAGGACCCGGACGGCAAGGUGCUGUACAAAGAGAUGAAGAAGCAGUAUGAUAGCUUUACCUUCACAGCCUCCAGAAAUGGGACCUACAAAUUCUGCUUCAGCAAUGAAUUUUCUACUUUCACACAUAAAACCGUGUAUUUUGACUUUCAAGUCGGAGAAGACCCACCUUUAUUUCCCAAUGAAAACCAGGCCAGUGCUCUUACCCAGAUGGAAUCCGCCUGUGUCUCCAUUCACGAAGCUCUGAAGUCUGUCAUCGACUACCAGACUCACUUCCGACUGAGGGAGGCCCAGGGCCGGAGCCGAGCCGAGGAUCUGAACACCAGAGUGGCCUACUGGUCCGUGGGAGAGGCCCUCAUCCUUCUGGUGGUCAGCAUCGGGCAGGUGUUCCUACUGAAAAGCUUUUUCUCCGAUAAAAGAACCACCACGACCCGCGUCGGAUCCUAGCUCCGGUGGGAGAGGCGAGGCCCGGUUGCCGUGGUGACAGGCCGUCCUCUGAUCUCCGGACCGAAGGACCGCCGCUGGCAGCUUCUCAACCCUUCACUCUCCCCAGAGAGAGCCGAGGGCGCGUCCCCAAACUGCGGAGGAUGCCUUUUUACCUCCUAACGGUGGAAACCCUCUGGGACUUACGUGGGCUGUUCGUGAUCAAUAUUCAACACCAGUGAUCUACUUUUUUCUCGGUUGUUUGUAUCUACUCUUCACACACUAAACUUUGGUAUUCUGAUUCCUUUUAAUCAUUUAAAAAUACUUUUCUUAUAGGUAGUUGAUAUUUUUAAAACCUUAGGUUUAACGUCUACAUGUUAUGGAGGAAGAGAGCUGCCUUUUAAUUGUUUAUAGUGAAUAAAGUUGUGUUUUUAAGAAAACCAAAUGUGAUCUAACUAGCCCAAGCCCUGUUCUGCACUGCUUAUUUUUAUGAGGGACAAAUCUUACCGUAGAAAUGUUAGUUAAUAUUGAUACAAUAUUAAUUGAUAUAUCAUGUUAUAAUUUAUUUCUCAGUAAUUAUUUCUCAGUAAUGCCCAAUUUUUUGUUGUUUGGGUUUAUUCUAAAAUUUGUAACUAGCACUGUGUUUGGGCUUUUUUGUUCUGUUUUAUAAAAGCAUUCUGACCCCACAGAAAAUAGCUUAGUAGAGUUUAUAUAGACUUGAUUCUCAGACUGUGCUAACAAGUACAGUGAGCAAGUUUCUCUGGGUUGACUACACUCAUGGUGUCUCCCGUGAUUUCACAAAGAGACGGCGGGUGGCAUGUCAUCUUACCACGUGUAGGCUGGCUCUGGCUUUUUGUGCUUCAGGUCAUGCAUUUGAGUUGGCGGUUGUGACAUUAGUAGUGUAAGUGCCACACUGCCGUGUGGGUGUGAAGCACUGAGAAGCUUGAGAGGUGUGUUUUCUGUGUUCGCUCGUUUUGUUUCUAGAGUCUCUGGUUAGCCUAAAGCGAUUUAUUUCAAAAGUUAGAAUGCUUUGUGUGUUACCUAUUUGAUAAUCUGCAUUGUACUUCACUGAAUGAGUAUUAAAUAAUUCAUAGUCCAUACCCUGUCGGGUUUGGACUGUUUGUGUCUUAAAGCUGAUACAGAUUGACUUGAGUGAACCAAAAUGUUGUUCUGGAUACUCCAGGAUAGAAUAUGAGAUGGCGGAAAAUUGGUAUCAUGUGGAGAGACUGGGGCAUUUGAUUCCUAGGACUCUGAAUGGCAAUUCUAGUCACUGAACGCUACUGACUAGAAGAAGUUGACUCUCAGUUCUAAGCUGUCUUACACACACACACACACACACACACACUCACACGUUUGCACAUUGGAGCAGAAUGAAUUGAAAGUGUCAUGCUUGUCGCAGUGUACGAGGGCGAAUCUGUUUUCAGCACUUUGAAAGAGCUAGUCCUUACACACUCUUUGUUAAUGGGUUACGAAGAGCCGGUUAAGAUGCGGCAGGUUUUAUCUGUUGGGCCCUGGACUGAUGUUGUCCUGCGGCUUUCUGUGAGACCGAUCGGGAAGCUGAAAGGCCUGGCCUCCACAGGAUCGAGCCCAUGGCAUAUGUAAAAGGUUCUUUUCUGGUUGCCUACGGACACCGACGUGCUGAGAUGCUUGUGUCAUUAAAGAGCCAGGUGCGGAUCUUACUGUGUUUGGUAGAGACAGCGCACUCCUCUAACGGUGCCUCUAAAAGCUUCAUGAUGCGAGGCUCUGUCCAUAAGUAACUUUUGGUGAGGGUAUCAAGACAUGGGCCUUGGCCGCAGGUGGACACCUGCUUCUCACCCAUGUCCACCCCGAGUGGAAGAGGGCCGUGUGCACACGUGAAGCAGUGCUCCGUCCUCCCCCGCUGUGUCAUCCGGAACAGCCUCUGCUUCUGUAAUCCUUCCAUACGGAGCUGCAGAAGUGAGUUUCCCAAGUAUGUAUGGUCGGACAUGAUGACUGGGAAAUACAUGUUGGAAUACCGUAGUUAUAUAGAUUUUUAAAGUAGAGGAAAGGAUGGACAGUGAGUUGGUAUGCAAGUUUAUACUACAGUUUCAACCUGGUGAGGGUAAGUUUUGAGGUAUUACUUUGCUAAUAAUCUAUGAACAUUCUUUUUUUUUUUUUCUAUUAAAGAAAUGGUUUGUAGUUCACAUCUUUCAUCCGGGCUUCUUGAUCAUCUUCAGAGAAAAGGGGACUUUAAAGGAGCUUUAUUCUUUAGAGAUAUUUAAGUCUACACUCUCUGUUGUCUGUUUCUGUCUGUAAACCUGACAUUUGUAAUUCAUUAGAACAAAGCAGACCCCCAUGACUUGUUUUCAGAAAUUAAACAAAUUAAUAUAUAAACAAUUCAAGGAAAUUUUUUUUCAUUUACUUUCGAAAGAAAAGGAAAUUUCUCUUUAAAAGCUAGCUCCAUGGGUCUGCACUGACCACUUUCUUGAAGAAUAAAGAUGAAAUCUUUGCGCAA